AUGUCAAACAAUCAUAAUAGAAAGUUAGUUAUAUUAGCUGGAAAUGCUCAUCCUAUAUUGGCUGAGGAGAUAGCGUCACAUCUGGAUCAGAAUGUUGGCAAGGCAUUGGUUGCCAAGUUUGCCAACAGUGAGACACAAGUCAUCAUCAAUGAAUCAGUCAGAGACGUUGACCUUUAUAUCAUACAACCAACAUGUAAUCCAUGUGUCAAUGAUUAUCUUAUGGAACUGUUGGUAUUGGUCGAUGGAGCAAAGCGUGCUUCAGCACAUCGAGUUACUGCCGUUGUGCCAUUCUUUGGUUACUCGCGUCAAUCAAAGAAGGACAAGUCCAGGGCACCAAUCACAUGCAAGCUAGUCGCCAACAUGAUGGAGAUGUCAGGAAUAGACAGAGUGAUUACAAUUGAUCUCCACUCGAGUCAGAUUCAAGGAUUCUUCAAUAUACCUGUGGAGAAUGUAUACACUGAACAUCUGUUCACCAAGUAUAUCAAGAAUCAUAUCGAACAUCUUGGUCCAUUCGUGAUUGUGGCGCCAGGUGUAGGAGGAGUGAAGCGUGCCAAGACUAUAUCGGACAGAUUGGAAGCGGACAUUGCAAUCAUUCACAAGGCCAACAUCAAUUCAUCCGACUCUGAGACCGUUCUGGUGGGCGAGGUCCAAGACAAGGUGGCCAUCAUCAUCGAUGAUAUUGCUGAUACCUGUACAACACUGAACUCGGCCGCCGUUACACUGAUUCGUCGCGGCGCCACCAAGGUCUUUGCGCUGGUGACACACGGAGUCUUUUCCAACAACGCCAUCGACAUCAUCAAUGAAUGUCCAAUCAGCGAGCUGGUCAUCACUGAUUCCAUACCCAACCAGCACAACAAGUUCAAGUGUCCCAAGCUGAAGAUCAUCUCCAUCGCCUCUGUGAUGGCCGAGACAAUCAGACGUGUACAUAACGGUGAGUCUGUUACGCACGUCUCUAGACAUGUACAUGAAUGA